UCUGGUGCGCUGAUGUGUUUUGUCCUCCAUUCAUACCUCCUUUCAUCUCAUCUUACUGCUGCUGGAUCGAUAAACUCUUACGGGCAAACCGUCGGAAUGGCAUCAAAUCAUCGUAUAACGAUCGUUCCGUGGAUAUGAAGGACGGCCAGGUGGCCUCAGAUAGAUGGAUAGGCACCAGAGCGGGGAUUGCUUCUGAGUAGUCUGCGCGCCGGCGGUCUUGUACCGUGGCGCACCACGACGCACGAAAGUGGCUGCAUGUGUGCACACCGGCGAUCCUUGUUGAACUCCUUCACCUCUUUUAGACCCCUAAAGACAUCUGAAAAUGGCUCAAGAAGAACACAAAAGUACACACACGCGUGGCAGGAAGAUUUGGAUUUAAAAAGCCGCCAUUCAAGUGGAAAUUGGCACUGUUGUUGUCGUUUUUGUUUCGCUCGUUUUCUUCUUCUGGAAGCACACUGACGCGCGGGUUUGAAUAUACUUGAUAGAUGUGACGGAGGACACAUCUACCCCCCCCCCAGCUCCGCCAGCGUGCAGGACGCAGGUAAUAAGCUGCCGACCCGUCCUGGUUUGGCGCAGGAGCACAGCACGCUGUGGACGCUGAGGAAUGCGGAGCCCAGAUCCGGACUUUUCCCGAUCACCUGCGGAAUUCUUCGCAGCUAGAAACAAACCGAGCGUCGCGUCGGGUGAGCCCAGCCGGGGCGCAAUGCUGAGACAGAUCCUCUUCAACUCCACCGACUCCUCGGACUUGGACCUGGUCCUCGUGGCCCACGGCACCACGGACGCCCCCGCCUCGAUGAACGGCUCCCACGGAGGCUCUCUGAGCGUGGCCGCCCUGCUGAGACCCGGGGCGGGCCGGGGCGGCGCGGGGCUCCGCGAGGGCGAGCUGCACAAGCCGGACCUGGUCACAUACAUAGUCAUGUGCCUACUGCUUUUCCUGCUGGUGCUGCUCAUUGUGUUCUUCAUCAACUGCCAGCUCCGGAACUCUUUCUUCGCCUCCAUGCCAUAUGACAGGUCACUGAGAGAGGCCAGGACCUCCUACAAGUAGACCUGGAAAAGGAAAGGGAGAAAGGAGGAAGAAAAGAAAGUUGUAUGGGUUAAGGAUUACUCCUGCACAGCUUGUGCAAAGCGGAGUAGCUUUCUGGAUGGAUUUUGUGGAAUCUGAUCUGGAAGGGACAUGUUGCCCAAUUGUGUCAGUUCAUUGGCCAACGGCAUCAUCCCUGAUGUAUACUACCAUUUUGGAAGACUGUGGGCAGCAGAAAGAUAACAGAAUGAUUCCAGAUAUAACUCGUGAGUCACAAGCACGUACUUUCUGGUCUGGUUGUACAGAAAGUACAGAGGUCGGCUGAAAUCAAAUGAAGCAAUCUACCAUUUGUGGUGAAUCACCUGUGCACUCUGCAAAUCAGAAACAAGUUAUAAAUGCAUUUAACUCAGAUGGGCUGUGUCAAGGCGAAUCUAUUUUUCUUCAUGAAACCCUGACUUACUUUAUGUCUACUUAUAACUAACUCUAAAAUAUUUUGUAAGACUUUAACUUGACUGUCUUGUCUUGUGAAGCAGCCAUGACAUGAUUUUCAACCUUAUAUUAAUUGUAUAAUGAUUUAGUCCAUGACAAAUUCGAGGCAACAUCACCACAUAAAGAUAUUGAAAUGUCAUCUGAACUCUUUAUUUGUGUGCCUGUAAAUGAACAACAAUGCUGCAACUGCUGAUGUGAAAGGCCAGCUGUUUAUCAUAUAAUGUGCCCUUAGACGGAUCCCAGAGCUGUAAGUCUAAUCAAGCCCUUUCACUUUUAAUUAACCUCUCUCCUACAUGUGAUAGCAUCAGCAGCAUCCCAGAGAAUGAAGACUCCAGGCUGAAGUAUGAUGAGCCCUGUGCGAUAAACUAAAUUGCUGUCUGUUCC